AUGGCCAUCAUUGCCUCCAGACCGGUACUUCUUUUGAGUGCCACCUCAAGUCCCGUGCCAAGACCGGCCAUCACAACCCAAAGUCCCAGCCAACUUGAGUUCCACAGCCCCAUCAGUGGCCAGCUGGCCUUCAACGUUGUCCUCCUGCUGUUGGAGAGGGCCGAUUACUGGAAAUCUCAGCCCAAGAAAUUCUGUGAUUAUUGCAAGUGCUGGAUAGCAGACAACAAACCGAGCAUCGAUUUCCACGAAAGAGGAAAGAACCACAAGGAAAAUGUGGCGAAGAAAAUUAGCGAGAUUAAACAGAAAAGCUUGGACAAGGCGAAAGCGGACGAAAAAAUGGCAAAGGACUUUGCAGCCAUGGAGGAAGCGGCCACGAAGGCUUAUCAAGAAGACUUGAAAAGGCUCGGAUUGAAGGCAGAAUCCGUAGAAACGCCUUCCUUGCUGGUAAAGCAGGAAGAAAAGAAGGAGAAAAAAGAGAAAAAAGAAAAGAAGAGAAAGGAAAAACAAACGAAGGAGGUUUCAUCCAAUGGAACAAAGGAAUGGGUGUGCGGAUAUUCUCCGGAAGGCUACAUCUAUUAUUACAACACGAAAUCUGGAGAAUCACAGUGGGAGAAACCAGAAGGAUUUCAGGACACCACUUGCAAUUCUCAACAGGAAGCUGUUUGGAUAGAAGGGACCGACGACAGCGGUCGCACCUAUUACUACAACAAGGAGACUGGAGCUGAAAACUCUUCUGAAGAGAUCAGCAAAAAUGAAUCCCAGAAGAGGAAGCCCAACAGACCCCGAAAGGUGAGCCCUUACGGCGAGUGGCAGCAGGUGAACCCUGAGGGGCAACAGGUGAACCCCGAGAAGUCUAGCCGCAAGAAGAAGUCAUCCGUUCCAGCAGAAACCUCCUCGUCUUCGUCGCAGAAGCCCGUCUCUUUCGGCAAAUGGGAGGAAAUCACGGAAGAAGAUUCAUUCGAGAAGGUCGACUUGGAGCUUCCAAACAAGGAGAUCAACAGCGCUCCAGUUGUAGAAGUGCCGGAAGAUGCCAAAGUAAUCUUCAAAGAGAAAACAGUCACUUCGCUCGGCGAGGCAACGGAAGAGAUGCCGGUUUUCAGAAAACGGAAAUUUGAAAACGGGAAAUCUCGAAACUUUCGACAGAGGCUGAGCGAUCACUAACGUCCUGGCUGCAUUGUCAACAAGACAAGAAACAAAAGGACGCCGGGAAAAUAUGGAACUGUUUAAAAAAGAAUUCCUUUACAAGACUGACUCUAAAAGCAAUUUUUAGAGAUCGUUGUUUUUUUUCCAAACAAUGUCUCGGGUGUAAAAUGUACAGAAUAUUUCUUUUCUUCCACCCACCUACCCCUCAAGCGUUGUUAUUUUAGUUUGCUGGGUUUCUUCUUUUCCCCCUUUAUGGGGCCAUGUAAAUACAGUAUUUUUUAAAUCGCGGGUCAAAGGCAGUUCAGUGUAGCUUACAAACAAGCGUAUUGUCGUGAAUCCUUUUCCAAGAAAAAUAAAUGCGGUAAUUCCUUAA